AACAAGAGAACUUCUCUGUGCAUCUGUGCAAUCUGCAAUGUACGAGGAGUGACGGGAAGUAUCGAAUUAUCGGAGAAUCAAACCCUGUUCUCCUGUUCCGUGUUCGUGGUGUGUUCGGUUGAAAUGAAACGUGAGUUGUGCACCCUCUUGGUCCGCUUCGACGAGUCUCAGCGUCGGUGAGCGAACCCCACCGCCCCUCGCACCGGUCCGAAAAUGCCGAUCUCGGACGACGCCGUCGUUUCCUACCGCCAGAAGUACAGGAACCUCAAGCGAAAGCUCAAAUUCCUGCUCUACGAGAACGAAUGCUUCCAAGAGGAGUUGCGAAAGGCGCAGCGGAAGCUGCUCAAGGUAACCAGGGACAAGAGCUUCCUCCUCGAUCAGAUCCUGCAGUACGAGUCCAUCGACUCGUCGUCGAGCGACUCGGACGCUACCGUGUCUAGUGACAGCGAACCCGAGCACCGAAUCGAGCCACCCACGCCCGUGAUCAAGAAAAAGAAGCCGGCUGUGAGUAACGACGUUCCCCUGUUGCACCAUGUGCCCGUAGCAGCGGCAGCAACGGCGUCCGCCACGGCGGCUGCAACGGCUGCGUCAAUAGCGCCGUGCGUCGCGUCCUGUUCGGUAACACUCAAAACGGAAAUGCCAGCAGUAGCAGCCGUUGCCGCUAGCAGCAGCAGCAGCAGCAGUACGGGGUCCCUCGGAAUCCUUUCCGCAGUCUCCGCCAACCCCAAAUCGACGGUCCCAGUGGCGGCGCCCGUCUCGCUUAAUCCGACGUUAGAAAAAAAGAAAAAAGUUGCGCGAACCCCAAAACCCAUUGCGCAUGCGCAGGCAGCGCCGCUGCAACUUCAACCGCAGCUGCAACCCCAGCCGCAACCACAGAUACAGCAACAAACUCAGCUGGUGCAGCAGCCGCAACAACAACAGCAAACAACAACAAAACUCCAGCAGCAGCAGCAACAACAGCAAGAACAACAACAACAGCAGCAACAACGACAACAACAGCAACAACAACAACAACAACAGCAGCAGCAACAACAGCAGCAGCAACAACAGCAGCAGCAACAGCAACAGCAACAGCAGCAGCAACAGCAACAGCAGCAGCAACAGCAGCAACACCAACAGCAGCAGCAGCAGCAGCAACACCAGCAGCAGCAGCAGCAGCAACCAUCACAAAAACUGUCGCAGCAGCUGUCGACGCAACCUCAGCAGCCGUCCAAACCGCUGUUGACGGCGAGUAGCAUCCAGAAACGGAUAAUGGAAGCGAACGAGACGCUCAUUGUGGGACGGCUGGACGGUCACAUGACUUCGGAGGAGGUGGAGAGACACCUGGAGGCACGUCAGGCGCUGCGGGACCUGCUGCCGGAAAAGGCUCCGCUCACCGUUCCGGCCGAACUCUUCAGCAACGAGCCGCCCGGGGACCUGUUGGACGGUGGCUUGCUCGGGAACCACCCGUCGGAAAGGGUACUCGCCGUCUGCGUUCCGGAGGGCACCUCUGUGGUGGACGACGAGGGACUCGCGAUUGACCUGCCAGAGUGACUCCGACCGCUCGCAGCGCGGCUACUUCUCAAGGACAAACUCUUUAUAAUAUUGCGUUGUUGCGGUCGAUUCGCAAUGAUCAUAAUAAACGUGCGGAAGGGACAUUUUCUCGCCCUCCCCCCUUCCCCAUACGACUUGCUGCGACUUUUGACGAUCGUCAAUCAUUGCUCUUUGUGAUAUGGGUAUGAACUACAUCUUUGUAGGCUGGCGAAAGAGGAACAAUUAUGUUUUCUCAAUGAGUGCGAGUGACAUUUCUAGUAUCGGGUGAAUUCCCGCGCUCCGCUUGUUCUCUGCCUCAUUCGUGUGCAGUAUAGCAUGGUUGUAAGCGAGGAGUUUUGCGAGUAUCCAACAGAUGUGUAGCUAUCACGGGAAGUUGCGGCUGGUCGUUAGGCCCGUGCAGCUGCUCGCAUUUUAACGAAACAGUCCACGUUGGUGACUGCGCAGGCAUCUGUGAAUCCUACAUCGCAGUGUUAUCAGAAUUCUCCAUACCCUUUGGCCAAUGACGACAGUUAACUCCAUGGUUGGGGUCGAAGAAUUGUAGUAAAAGAAAUAAGCUGCUUUUGGAGCAAUCCUUAUUUCACCCUUUAUGUACCGAAUUAAGGUGCUUAAAUGCACUUUUAAUAUCGGUCUAUGAAGAUGCACAAAUUUCAGACGCAAAAAGUCUUAUUUUUUUACUCCGACGACCAGAUCUUGGAAGAACUACUGUGCGCAGCAUAAGGAACUACGCAUGAAGCUUGUUCUUUUCCUCGAGGUAGCAAAGAGUAAAGUCUCUGGGCAAUUCGUAA